UAAAAAUGUGGAAGGAAGUUAAUGUUGGCUUCAACCUUGAAGAAGAAACUGCAAAUUUCGGUACAAGGGCUUGCGCCAUUAAUGAUGUUGCUGUUUAUGAAACAAACACACUUGCAGCCAUUCAUGCUGGAGACGAGCCCAAGCAUUUGCCGAGAGUGAAGGCCCAGUUUGCUCCUCACAUUGGUUUGUGCGUGGUUGUGGAUACAGCAGUUCACGUGUUCAAACCAGAUUGCAGCUCUGUUCUCUGUUCUGUUCUGUGUGACAAUCAGAUUGAAGCCUUUGCUGUGUCUCCUUGCGGCAGAUUCCUCAUUCUAGGAGUAAAGAACAAAUUGAUUUUCUACCACAUUCAAAAAAAGGAUCAAGUCUUUGAAAGGCAAAUCACGAACAAUGAAUUUGGGCCAAACUUUGUAACUAUUUCAUGUUGUGGAAGUAACGAAUCAGGGUUCAUCAUAGUAACAACAUCAAAUGGAAAGAUUUACAGGUAG